AUGCUCAAUUGGACCGCAAUUAACGCCACAGAAAUCGACCAACCGGCGUGUUUUAUUACAUCAGAUGGAAUUUUAUAUGUGACAGACAGAGCAAAUCGUGACUUAGGUUCCAGUUUCCAAGCACUUGAUCUGAACGAAAAAAAAAAUCACCUUUGGCGUACUGUCACUGAAGUAGACGGAAUAGAAACUGAUAAUUUGUCAUUUACGAAGUUCAUUGUUGUACAAACCUCAGAGGGUAAAGAGGUGUCGCUUAUUUUUGAAGGGUUUCAGUCGAGCAAUGAGCCGCCUAUAGAGAACUCGACUUGGGAAGCUGUAUCCAAACGGAAUGGGACUAACAUACCAAACCAGCAAUUUACGUUUGCACGAUUGGCCCAUAGCGAUGUUUUCAUUACUUAUUACGGAAAUGAUAGCAUAGCCGCAUUCAACACAACCCAAGAUGCUUGGGUUACUCAAGUCAAUAACGUAACUAAUGCAAUCAACGGUCAGUUCUUCGUUGUACUUGCCAACGAACUCAUCAAGGAACCCAUCAGCAUACCCGUAAAUGAACCAAUCAGCGCACCGAUCGACCAACCCAUCACCAUAGCUGCUGCCAGCGGACCCACCAACGAAUCCGACAACGGACCCACUAACGAAUCACCCAACAACAUCGGGCCCACUAACGACUCAAGAAACAACGGAUUCAGUGAUAGCAACCCCGGACCAAAGUCUUUUCUUCAAGGAGUGUGGCUCGCCUGGAGCGCCAGCAACGGACCCGAUAAUGGACCCAAAAGCAACCCCGGACCAAAGUCUUUUCUUCAAGGAGUGUGGCUCGCCUGGAGCGCCAGCAACGGACCCGAUAAUGGACCCAAAAGCAACCCCGCAAAUUCUUUUCUUCAAGGCGUGUCGCUCACCUGGGGCCCCAGCAACGGAUCCAACAAUGGACCCGAUAAUGGACCCAAAACCAACCCCGGAUCAAAUUCUUUUCUUCAAGGCGUGUCGCUCACCUGGGGCCCCAGCAACGGAUCCAACAAUGGACCCAAAACCAACCCCGGACCAAAAUCUUCUCUCCGAGAGGUAAGUGAGGGAAACGAUGAGGAAUUGUCAAUCGUGGAAACAGGAACAAUAGUAUCUUUUGAUUUCCCAACAUCUCCAACUUCACAUUAUACGGUGGAACUGAACUCCACUCCCCCUCCACCAUCGCGACUUAUAAACUGGCUCUAUACUCGAUAUAAAGUGAAACCUAGCACAUUCACUGCUUCAUCCACCUCUUUGAUACUUCCAUCAGCUCCAUCAGGUACGAUUAUAUUCAAGUACAAACUCAGCGGGAGGCCAACGUACGGCGUCAACAAUGCUGUUCGUCGUGCAGAGGGUGAGACUGUGGGUCAAAACUUGGCCGUAAAGUUUUUCAAAAAAAAAGAUUCAUUCGAACGUGAGGUUGUCAUGCUGAAGUAUCUUCAAUCGGAAUUUGUUUGUGCAUUGCGGGAUGUAUUCGAUAUUUCCAAUCCCACUGAUUGGAAAUAUGUUACGGUCAUGGACUACUAUCCUAAGAGCUUGGAUAACUUUAUCGUUAGCCGUACCGAGACUAUGACUGAAGUAUAUGUGAGCGCAGUGGUACAGUCAUUAGCAAAAGCAAUCAAGUAUGUUCAUGAUCACAGAAUAGUGCAUCUGGACAUUAAACCGGGAAACUUUGUCCACGAGGUUGGAGAUUCGAGCAAGUGGAGAUUGAUUGAUUUUGAGGCGGCGAGGGUUGAUGGAGAAGAAGAUGUUGAUAGCACCACAUUAAGAUAUGCUUCACCUGAGAUAAUUAAUGCGGUUACAUUGCGCACUAGUAUUAAAGCAAGUAAGUCGAUGGAUAUGUGGUCGUUAGGGUGUACAAUUUACGAAGCAUAUACUGGAAGUCCUCUCUUUCCGAAUGAGGAAGAGGCUUCUUUUAAAUUAUCUGAAGCAUACAACACAGAGUACUUGGAAUUACCUCUUGAUAACGUGAAGGAUAUUCAAGCGAGGCACGUGCUUGAAAAAUUGUUAGUCAUUGACCCUACGAAGAGAGCUAAAGUUGAUGAAAUUUUGAGCAUAUUUGAAUGA